AGUCGGGCAGGGUGACUUCAGAGGCGCCUGUCUGUCCCCUGUCGCACCUGAGCCACCGUGAUGCUAUAGGACCGCCGCCUGGACCGUUAUCCGCCCGCGCCUGCCCGCCGCCACUAUGCCGCGCUCCUUCCUGGUCAAGAAACAUUUCAACGCCUCCAAGAAACCCAACUACAGCGAACUGGACACACACACAGUGAUCAUUUCCCCAUAUCUCUAUGAGAGCUACUCCAUGCCUGUCAUACCAAAACCAGAGAUACUCACCUCAGGAGCAUACAGCCCUAUUACUGUAUGGACAGCAGCAGCAGCUCCGUUCCAUUCCCCUCUACCCAGUGGCCUUUCUCCUCUUACUGGAUACUCCUCAUCCUUGGGGCGUGUAAGCCCCCUGCCUUCCUCUGACACUUCAUCCAAGGAUCACAGUGGUUCAGAAAGUCCCAUUAGUGAUGAAGAGGAGAGACUGCAGCCCAAGCUUUCAGACCCCCAUGCCAUUGAAGCUGAGAAGUUUCAGUGCAAUUUAUGCAAUAAGACCUAUUCUACUUUCUCUGGGCUGGCCAAACAUAAGCAGCUGCACUGUGAUGCCCAGUCAAGGAAAUCGUUCAGCUGCAAAUACUGUGACAAGGAAUAUGUGAGUCUGGGUGCCCUGAAGAUGCACAUUCGGACCCACACAUUGCCUUGUGUCUGCAAGAUCUGUGGCAAGGCUUUCUCCAGACCCUGGCUGCUUCAAGGACACAUUAGAACACACACUGGGGAAAAGCCUUUCUCUUGCCCUCACUGCAAUAGAGCUUUUGCAGACAGAUCAAACCUGAGGGCACAUCUGCAGACCCACUCUGAUGUAAAGAAAUACCAGUGCAAAAACUGCUCUAAAACCUUCUCCAGAAUGUCGCUUCUGCAUAAACAUGAGGAGUCUGGCUGCUGUGUGGCACACUGAGUGGCGCAACCAGUGUUUACUCAAACAGAAUGCAUUUCUUCACUCCAAUGACAAAUGAAAGUCCAAAGACAUUUUCUCGUGUGCUUACCAACCAAAUAAUAUGUAUAAAAAUACAAAGGAUCUCUCUCUCUCUCUCUCUCUCUCUCUCUCUCUCUCUCUCUCUCUCUCUCUCUCACACACACACACACACACACACACACACACACACACACACACACUACAGAACAGAAUCUAUAUACUUAAAGUUAAUCCAUUCUAUGUGAAGUUUAAAAUUUUAUUUACUGACAGCUAGAUUGAAAGGAUAAAACAUAAGAAUCUUUCUCUUUAAAGAUGAAGUGAAAAGCACAUUGCAUCUCUUCUUAAUAAGAAAGAAUACAGAGAUAUACACUGCUGCCAAACCAUUUCAACCAAAGGAACAGUAUUACUUCUUAAUAGAAUUGUAAUAGUGUUUCCCAGAGGAAGAGCGUCUGCCAGACACAAUCUCAGGUGCCUUAUAAAGUACUCCAAGUUUACUUCCUUAGACGUAUGAUGCCUGGUUGUCAUCUGUGAAUGAAAACCUUUCUGGAUUACUUACAAUGUUUUAAAACUAUAUUGUUCAGAGGAAAAAACACAAGAAACAGAACAGAAGAGAAUGUAUUAAAGUAUUCUUGUUUUGUUUCAUUUUUGCCAUGUGUGCCUUGGAAGAGGAGGGAAGAAGAAGCUUCAAACAUUCCCGGUGCGUGUCCCAUGUCUUUCUUUUUUUAAAAAAAAUCUCAAUGUUUUAUAAUACAAAGUAAUGAAAAUGUGCAAAAGAGUUUCUUAGACAUUCAGUAAUGUACUUAGACUUUUGAAAAUUCGUAUGAUGGAUGCAAUAACGCAAUACCCUUCCAAGUGCCUGUUUUAAUGAAUUGUGUAGUUGAUGAACUGAUGUAAAUUUGUGUUUAUUUUUAUACAACUGAAUGAACUCUGUAUGAAAAGGAGGUAUGGUUAAUAGCCAUGCCUAUAUUCAACCAGAAUAAUUGUGAAAUCAAUGUCCUUUUUAAAAAAGUAAUUUUCAAGGUCUCUUUUUUUUACAAUAAACAUUUUUGACUAGAA